AUGCCCUCGCCCGCCAUCGCCAAGCAUAUCAAGGAGAUCCCCAAAAUCUCAACCAAGAAUGAUUUCUCUGUCCUGAACGAACCCUGGACGAUCUGGAACUGGUACAAGAAGCUUGACUGGGUUCAUGUCCUGGGUCUUAUCUUUAUGCCCAUCUAUGGCUUCUACAUGGUCUACACCUCGGUCGCCUUGCAGCAGAAGACGGCUAUCUUUUCGGUGAUUUAUUAUUUCUUCACUGGAUUGGGUAUUACCGCUGGAUAUCAUCGUCUCUGGUCCCAUCGCGCCUACUCUGCUGGACCUACUCUUCAAUUCAUCUUGAUGCUCGCCUCUACUGGAGCCAUGCAGGGAUCAAUUCGUUGGUGGUGCCGCAACCAUCGUGCCCAUCAUCGCUACACCGACACCGAGAAGGACCCCUAUGGCGCUCAGAAGGGUUUGAUGUGGUCUCACUUCGUCUGGAUGCUGGUGAAACAGGAUCCCACGACAGUCGGAUGGGCAGAUGUCUCGGACUUGAAGGCCAACAAGCUGGUUCGAUUCCAGCACAACCAAUUCCUCUGGCUAGCUCCCUUCAUGUCUCUCGGAGUGCCCACACUCAUUGCAGGACUUGGCUGGGGCGAUUACUGGGGCGGAUUCAUCUAUGGAGGCAUUAUCCGUCAGUUUGUUGUCCACCACGCCACCUUCUGUGUCAACUCGUUGGCCCACUGGCUCGGAGAUAUGCCAUUCGACGACCGCCACACCCCUCGCGACCAUAUUUUGACUGCCCUGGUCACCCUAGGCGAAGGCUACCACAAUUUCCAUCACGAGUUCCCUCAGGAUUACAGGAAUGCGAUCAAGUUUUACCAGUAUGACCCUACAAAGUGGCUGAUUGCUUUCUGUGCCUUCUUUGGCCUAGCUUCGGACUUGAAGCGGUUCCCUACCAACGAGAUCACGAAGGGGCAGGUCAGGAUGGAGCAGCAGAAGCUCGACCGGAUCAAGGCAACCCUUAUCUGGGGUACGCCCAUCGACCAGUUGCCCGUCUAUACGUUUGAAGAGUUCCAGGCGAUGGCGACCGACAAGUGUCAGGCUGUGACGUUGAUCGAGGGGAUCAUCUAUGACCUAGAGUCGUUUGUGGAUGAGCACCCUGGUGGCAGGAGUUUGAUUCGCAGUGCGAUCGGCAAGGACGCGACGACCUCAUUCAAUGGAGGAGUCUAUGACCACUCGAACGCUGCUCGGCAUCUGUUAGAGAGGAUGAGGGUUGGUGUGGUUGCUGGAGGUGGAUAUGUUGAGCACCGUCGUAGCACUACUUCCGGCGGAGCACAUGGACUCUCGACUGUCCCUGCCAACUCGUACCCGCCAGCAGCAUUGGUCUCUGCGGUCAACCGCACUGCAUAA